AACGAACGAUUCGUUCUCGAAUCGGACAGCAGUUCGUUGGAGAACCAUGGCGGUGAAACAAAUGACAUGCUUGGGGAUCUAAAUUACCCAGAGCAGAAGAACCGGCGCCCGCGGACAGUGAGAUAUCCGUGGAGAUGAGCGCGGGGGUUUUCGAUACAAUGUAUCAGAGUGACUCUGAAGGGCGCAUGCCAUUGUCCGACUGAGGAUACAGGACCACGGACCUAAAAUACAGUUUUAACGUAGAAAACUUUAAAAGUCAUUGAGAAUGAUCAAAGCAGAGAGCAAGGGCGAGCGCACCCUGCGCAGCGCGUCCCCGCACAGAAAUGCAUACAAGUCGGACUUCCACGCUAUUAAGUGCUCUUUUGAUGGGACCAAAUCCGACAGCGAGGACAAGUCUUAUGCUAAUGGAGCCAGCGACCUCCGGGAGGACACCAGAGGGAGGCCGUUUGGCAACCGGGUGAGCAAAAUAAAGAACAUUUUCCUGCAAAUGGACGGCCAGCAACCACCAGAGAGUCAGGAACCGGUUUACAAAACAGAUGCAUCUUCUCCUGUAUCCCCAGUGUCCAAGUUCCCAGUCAGCACUCACAAAACCUGCCUCAGUAGCACCAACAACCAAGAACUGCAAAGCACGGACAGAACCCCAAAGGGAGAGGAAGUCGAGAUAGAUAAAGCCACCCUGGCGGAAAAAUUUUCAGUUACCAGAAAGCUAUUUGAGAGAGGGAUAAAAGAGCAGCCUGCCGCAGAGAAGCUGGGGCCCGGCAGGGUUUCUACUCGCCUGUCCCAGAGGAAGGUUCCUGAGGAGGGGCGUGGGGCCCGGAGGUCCUUUGGGUCUUCUGAGAAUAGCAGCAGUAGUGUCAUCAAAAGCCCGAAGUCACCCACGAGGAGUGCCCCAGAGGAAAGGAGGGAAACUGAGGACUCGAAACAGGUCAAUAGACUGUCACUCAACUCCGGGCCUAUUUCCAAGCUGUCGGAGAACUUCAUUGUGGACGGCGAUAAAGAAGAUUCAGUGCAAAGUCCUGAGAAACUGAGCAGCUCUACUGAGCGCUCGCUGCCAUCACCUCUACGAGCGAGUUUCCAAAAACCCAGCUCGCCUGCUACUGAUCCAGAACACAAACCUACGUCCCCAAACUCUGCCAAACUCUCGCCUAAAACCGACUCCAGCAGCCCUCCGUUCAAGUCCAUCAGCCCGAUUUCAUACAAACCCACCUCUCCGACCAGCAGGAGCCCCGGCGAGCCUCUUUCUCCUAAUGCUCAAAGCCUGUCAUCAGAAAACGACUCGGUCAAAGACUCCAUGAUAAAUGAAGCUCCUCAACUUAGUAGUACUCCUGCGAAAGAUCUCAAAGCUUCACCCUCUGCCAGGGGCACCUUUAAACGGCCAUGGAGUCCGGAGGAACCAAAAAGCCCAAACCACAUAAUUCGCAGUCCGUCUAGGGACAUCUAUAAAGAACAGGUCGCACAAAGUCUGGACCCUGCUGGUGCAGGGGUGGUACGGGCCGAGCUCGUAGUGGUCCAGAACGAGUCUUCAGAAAGCGAGGAGAACGAUGAAGAGUUUUUGGAGGAGGUGAAACUGCAAAGAGAACUUAAAUUGGAGGCGCAGCGAAAAGAUGUGACUGCCUUUCUGGAGGUGUCAUCACCUCAAAACCAUACAGAGGACAAACAGCUGGAGAAGGAUGCGUGUGUGUCAACAGAGCUGAAGAAAGAGGAACCAAAUCAAGAAGAAGAAGAGGAGCAGGAGAUCAUCCAAAAGAGGAAUAGCUGUCAUGAAGAUGAUGAUGAGGAAGAGAGUGAGCAGGAAGAUCCAGAUGAAUGCGGGAAAACGUCUCCGGUGUUUUAUAGUUUUGAGAACGCAGCAUUUGUGGAUGAUAAGGAACCGGUUCAGGACCAGCAGGAUGAGGAGGAUGAAGAUGAGGUCUAUGAGGAGUAUGAUGAAGCUCCUGGUUUGUCUGAGGAUGAGGAAGGGCCUCCAAGAAGGAAAAUCAGAUUCUCCACUGAGCCCAUACGGGUGUACAGCACGUUCUCUAAUGAAGAGUACGACCGCAGGAACGAUGAUGUGGAUCCUGUGGCGGCGUCUGCCGAGUACGAGCUGGAGAAACGUGUGGAGAAGAUGGACGUGUUUCCCGUGGAGAUCGAGAAAGGUGAUAAAGGGCUGGGGAUCAGUAUUAUAGGGAUGGGUGUUGGAGCAGAUCAGGGUCUGGAGAAACUGGGCAUCUUCGUCAAGACCAUCACGCAGGACGGAGCUGCAGAGAGAGAUGGCAGGAUCCAGGUGAAUGAUCAGAUUGUGGAGGUGGAUGGCAUCAGUCUGGUUGGUGUGACACAACUCUUUGCUGCAACCGUCCUGAAGAACACGAAGGGAACUGUAAGGUUUCUGAUUGGCCGAGAGAAGCCAGGUGUUCAGAGUGAGGUGGCACGCCUGAUCAGUGAAACCCUGGAGCAGGAGCGGCAGCAGCAGCAGGUGGACGACACGUACGAGCAGUCCACUGAAGAGGACGAGCACUACGAGGAUGAGGAGGAGGAAGGCAUCCUUGGUUCGAGCUUCGGCAGGAGGAAUGUGGAAGUGUACAAUCUGCCCGAGAGCGAGGACAUGUUCCUGCCGUCAGACAUGGACGCCGCUCAACUAACGUUCAGAUUUAAAGAGCUCCAGAUAAAACACACCAUUGCAGAAGCCGAAGUAGAUGAACUGAAAGAGAGAUUGAGAGAGUCGUCAGAGGAGCGUGCGGCGUGGGAAGAGAGGGAAGCUCAGUUAGAGAGUAGCGUUCAGGAGAACUCGGAGAGAAUCGCUCAGAUGGAGAAGAACUGGCUGGAGGCUCAGGCUCUCUGUAAGAGCAUCGACGAACAGCUCAAUGACACGCAGAGCCAAUAUGAAGCGCUGGAUAAAAAAUACAGCAAAGCCAAGAAACUGCUCAAGGACUAUCAGCAGAAAGAGGCGGAGCAUGAGCAGAGGGAGGAGGACUUACGGAGAUCUCUGGAGGAGAGAGAGGCCAAGUAUAAAACUCAUAUAGAGGAUCUGCAGCGCAGGCUGGCAAAGCUUGAAUCUGGCAGCGGUCGUCAUGAGUCUCCACUGUCGGGCAGUAAGUCUGCAGAUUCAGUUCUGCUGGGAGCGGACUGGAGUGAGGUGGUUCCUGAGACGGAGCGUUUGGACACCAGCGUCCAUCGUGCAAAAGCUCAGCUGGCCCAGAGGUCCAAGCGGCAGCCGCCGUCCCGCAGUAAACUCAAAGAGACGCUCAGCUCGCCAGCAAAAAGCCCACAGGGUGAUGAUGAGAGUCAGUCUGCGAGUCCCGAGUCUCCUCCGCCUCGUAGGAGAUCAGUCCAGGAGAGUUUGUCCCUGCCGGUCGCCAUAUCUUCUCCUUCUAACCACCAGAAGGAUGAAGAUUCUGUUACGAGCAGCAGCCAAUCAGUGCAGAGGGAUCCUCAAUGCCCCGCCCUCUCCUCUCCUAAAGACUCCUCCCCCUCCAGCUUCCUGCGGAAUGUAAAGAAGAGAGAGUCCAAAGGCAAGGGCAAAGAGGUCAAAGAUGAGUCUAAUGAUGCAGCUGGAAAAACUAAAAGAAGAUUCCCGGACUUUGGUGGUUUAAGGAAAUCAGGAGGAAAGGGGAAAAAGCUAAGCAAAGAAGCUACGAGGGCAUCGCUGGACAGCAGGGGUUCAGCGGAGUUACUGGAGGAGUCAGGGGCCCGAGUCUCCCCUUCAGAGUCCAUGACCUCCAUCCCAACCUGCAUGCCCUUCUCCUGGUUUGGAGAGAAAGACAAAGAGCGCGACAGAGAUCCGUCAUCCUCGUCCAGCAGUCUCCCACACACCGCUGCAGACGCCAGCGAACACAGCCACAACUCCAAAAACAAGACAAACCUCUCCUGGUCGUCUCUGUUCAGUCGCUCCUUAGAUUUGAGUUUGUCAGUGCUAGAUGAUUCGAACCCCAGCAGUCCUGCUUCCGAUUUUUCUGGGCUGGUGGUGGAGCCCAAGCUGUCGGGCCGCUCUCAUACAUUAACCUUCUCCUCCAGCGAGAUGCUGGAUGAUGAGGAGCCUUGUUCUGGAGGGAAGGAGUAUCACUGGCAGAACCGUCCCGUCUCUGAUUGGACGUCCCAGCAGGUGUGUCAUUGGCUGAUGGGUAUGAACAUGGAUCAGUACACACCUGAGUUCAGCACACAGGCCAUCGAUGGACAGCAGCUCCUCAAUCUGGACAGUGACAGACUCAAGGCUCUGGGUGUUUCCAGUCAGAAUGAUCGAGCCACCAUCAAGAAGAAACUGAAGGAGAUGAGGAAAGCACAAGAGAAGAUGGAGAAACAGCGGGAAAAGCGUGAGAAAGAGGCCAGACGCAGCGGACGGCUGCCUGCCAGCACUGACUCUGUGUGCUGAGGAUGUUCAGUGCAUCACCUUUUCCUCUUUUAUUCAUCUUCGUUCUUGACACACUCCAUUGGCAGACUGUUACAACACAUAUGAGCCAUUCUAGAAGAGUUGCUAUAAGUGAAUACGGUCUGUAACUCGUUAAUAACAGUCGGACAGUCGAGCUGAAACACUAAUGAUGCUGCUAACGAGAUCAUAUUGUACUCUUUUCACUUCAGCACAAAUAUGAGCAGAAAUAUACUUCUCAUCUACAGAUUGUACACAUCUGUGGGCAUGUUGCCUUCACUGUAAAAGAAAAAAAAAUAACUUUUUUAAAUCAGGAUUUUGUCUUCUUUUCUGUAAAAUAUUUUAACAUCCCUAAAACAAGAUUAAUGUAUUUAGAGAAUAUAUAACAUUUUGCUAAAAGUUUACAUUUCCAGAAGAAAUUGCAUUUCAUUUAAAAUAAUCUUCUGAAAGGAAAUCAAUUAAUGUUAAUGUAUCCUAAGAAGGUUUAAUCAAUUUACUGGAAAACAAGACAAAAUGCUGAUGAAGAAAACGAUUUUUUCAGUGUUCAGUGAGAUAUUAGACUAGCUUGUAAGAAAAUUAAUAUGGCUGUCCAAUUCAUAGCAGACUAAAACUUUUAUUAGUUUUAAUUGCAUUUUAUGAUACCACUGUAGGACCUUGCUAAGGGAUAUAUAUAUAUAUAUAUAUAUAUAUAUAUAUAUAUAUAUAUAUAUAUAUAUAUAUAUAUAUAUAUAUAUAUAUAUAUAUAUAUAUAUAUAUAUAUAUAUAUAUAUAUAUAUAUAUAAGAUGCCUAUUUUCACAACUUUGCCACUAAUAUUGUGGCACGAAUAGUGCUUUCAGAAAAGAUUUGGUAUUGUAUUUUAGUUGUAUUUCUGGGUCAUUUUACUGCAUCCUUGUACAGUCGAGUGAUAUUGAGCACUAUGUUUUUACUGAAACAAAAGGGGAACCUGGUUUAUAAAUGUAUGAAUUAAAUAUUUUAUACACAAUUAUAACCAUAGCUUUAAGCAAGAGACAUUAACUUUUGUACACAUUUUCUACUAAGUAGAAUAGCUUGUUGGUUAAAACCAUUUUGCUAAUUCUGAAACGCAGAGAGUUAAACUUUAAGUGAAAGGUGAUUGAACAUCUCAUUUGUAGUUUUUAUUUGGACGAUUACUGCUUUUAUAUUAUGCAUAUGGGUCAAAAAGACAUAAUUGUUACGCAUUGUUUUAGAAGUGGCCAUGGCCCAAAUAGUAUUUGACUAACAGAGGCUGUAAUGAAUUGAAGAUGAGGGUAUUCAUCUGAUUGUAAGGAGAGUUGAUCAUGUCAUCGUGAUUCUGUAUCCUGUGGUUAUAUUUUUCUACCUUGUAAAAUACAUAAUUAUGAAAAGACAAAAAUCAAGCUUUCUAUCUUGUACAAAGUGCAUAAUCUGCUAAAUAAAUGCAUUCACCUCUCUUUUAAACGAAAA